UGUGUGCCCGCGUGCACAUAGGCACAGGUUCAGUGGAAGGAGGCGUGGCCUGUAAACUACGUGCAUCAGGUGGUUUCAGUUACUGCUUCUGUUUGGUCGCAGUUUUUUCUGUUGCAGACAGCAGAGUGUUCACCUGCACAUCACUGUGGUCACUCAGCUGUUAACACCUGACCACAAGUCAAAACUUUACCUGGAAAACCGGAAGUGUUUAUGAGUGUUUGAAGUGUUUUCCCCUCCAAUUCGGUUGCGUUUUACAUUUGCACGUUUCCUGAGAUGAACUCCACCAGCGGGUAAAUCAGGAUGCCUGGAGUCGACCGUCUCCCUUCAGAACACCAUGGCAACGUCCUCCCCACCGCUGAAGGAAGUUAUGUUGGAGAGGAAGUGAGAGACAUGGAGGGGACAUGGUCUGAGUCUCUGUGUCUCUUCACCUCGUCUCCACUGGGGCUGAACGAGGAGGAAAUGCAGCGCGGGGGCGGUAGCUGGAGCCAAGAUGGAGACCUGCAGGGAUGUGGCCAGGUAGAGAGGAAGUGGAUCCUCUGGCAUGAGUUUAUGAAGGAACACGCCCACCUGGAUGCUUGGCUGCAAUUGGCUGAGCAGGACCUCGCUUCCCCUGACGCCACCUGCGUUACCUACCUCGCUGCUAAGGAAGAACUGAGGAAGUUUGAGAUGCUGCGGUGCGAGGUGGGAUCUCGGCUCGUCCAACUGGACAAUCUGAUCCAGAAGAAUCGAGUGCUGGCUCGGCUCUUCCAGGGCGUCAUGCAGGCUCGACUGCUGGCCUCAGCGAGGGAGUGCGGGCGGCGAUGGGAUGAUGUGAACACCAAACUAGAAGCAAUCACAGGAAGACUAAAGCUCUUUGUUUCACAGUGGGAGGAGUUUGAGGCAGAGAGGGAGGAGCUUGCACUCUUGUUGGCUGACCUGGACGUCCGCCUGACAGAGGUGGAGCACCUAAAUGGGAAUACCUGUGAAAAGCUGAGACGACUCCAGUCCUUCCAGCAGUGUGUGUGUGUGAACUCGGACCGUGUAAACGCCCUUCUGCAGCAUGGUGAGGCGUUGAUUCAACGCUGCGAGCCGACUGAUGCUCAGCACGUAGAGAGCCGGCUGCUGGAGCUGCUGCGCCGCUGCAACAACAUCUACAGCAACAUCGCACGAACACACACCCGGCUGCUCAGCAUGAGACUGGUGUUUGAGGAUGACUGGAUUCUCUCUCAGGCUACAGACUCCGGUUGUCCUUCAGAGUCUCUGUUAGAGGAAGAGGGAGCGCCUGAUAAACCCAACCUCGACCUCCCUGUGGUUUCAAACCAUCCAGAUGCCAGUCAGUCAGUUAACCCACCCUCUCCAACCCAUGAGCACAUGGGGUUGGAGUGGGACCCCUCGGUUGAUAUUGGACGCUCUGUGUCCCAUGAUGAUGCUGACUCAUCAUAUUUCAGUGCCAAAACGGGUGUGUGUCACAGAGAUGGUCUGAAGAGACGGAGCUACCUCAGUUCCAUCGGCUCUCAGUCUGACAUCAGCAAUGAUGUCACAAAUCCGGAAGCAGAUGUGCGACCAGAUGGAUGGCCAGGCCACGCCCAUCACAGUGUCUUCUCACCAGUCACAACCAGGCAGGAAAAGGCUCUGCUCUCUGGGAAACAGUGGGUGACCUCCACUCCUGACACAGCAGACAGCGAGGCAGACAUCUUCGACGGCGGACGGGUUAGGGCGUGGCUGGGAGUCCAGAGCCCCGCCCCUCCUCCUCAGAGGACUUCCUGUUCCAGAGCUGUGCAGACUGUCAGGGAGGUCGAGGAUGAAAACCGCAUGGACAAACCUGACUGGUGGCAUUCCCGACUCAGUCACAGCCAGCGUUGCCAUGACAACACACACCCUUUUCCUGCCCCUUCACCAUCACAUGACCUGAAAGCGUCAUGUGACUUGAUGAGCCACCAGUAUCAGUCAGAUCUACAGGAUGAAGAAGAGCCAUCCAUUUGUGAAGAAUCUGAGCUUCCUCUUUCUGAACAAAGUGCGUCUUCCAGCAGCAGGGCCUCCCCCUCCCUGCUCUCCUCAGCCCUCCUCUACCUCCUCCUGGCUGCGGCUCUGGCUCUGCUGGCGUUUCUGGUGUGGGUUGCCCUGGAGCCGCCUUGUCACCGCAGCGGCAGGAUGCAUCGGAGCUUCCACCUGGCACUGAGAUACAUCAACGGACCGCCGCCUACCUGAAGACUCUCAUGGACAGAGUCUGGACAAACCACCCUCCUUCGACUCUGUCGGACAGAGGUGUGCAACUCAUCAUGUAACGUUUCAGUUCAGCUCAACUGUUAAAGAUCUGAUGAAAAUAUGUAGGAGUGGCAGGAUGAAAAAGACUGAGGCCGCUAUAUUGUUUUAGGGGAGCAACUGUCACCAACUCCUGACAGUAAAAAAGUGAGCACCAAUAGUAAGUCAGUCCUGUAACACUUGAAAGCCACUGAAAAAAGCCUGUCUCCUUUUUUUUUUUUUUUAAGAGGACAAUAUUUUGCCAGUAAAGUGAAACUGUUUCACUUAUUCUGUUGUUGAUUGAGAUGAACAAGUUGUAAAGCUUCAGAAACUGUGGAAUCACGAUGCAGCGGGAAGUGGACUGCUCAUUCACACAGACCUUUCCAGUCAGAGGUUUUUACAGCAACUGUGCUUUCUUGCUUGUUUGGCUCCUGACUGGACACGGGUGGUUUAAUCUCUGCUGAACACAAGUCUUUAAAUCCUAAUUCUACCAAAGCAAAGCACAAAACCACAUCUGUUAUUUGUCAUGUUAUAUCUGAUAGCUCCAAGUAAGCUUCAGUUCAUGAUGUUGUUCACUCAGUAUCUCGCCCCUGUCACUUCAUCUUACAGACUGAGUUUAGCUCUCUCCUGUAAUGUCAUUUGUUAAAUGAACAGUGUAUAAACAGUUUUAAAUGUGCCCUUGUCCCCCGGGAGGAACCAUUAAUCCAACACCAAAACAUAUCAGAUGUCACUCUGACCAAAGUAUACUCACUGAUUUUAAACACUGCCCUAAAAUAUGUAACUACAGCAGAAUGUAUAAUAACUAAUGGGAAGUUGUAAUAUGUAAUAAUACUUCAUAUCUUCAUCCAGCACUGAGAUGGCAGUCGUAUAGUAACAGCCUCAUUUACCAGCGAGAUACCGUGUAGGAGUUGUGAGUGGCUGAUGAUGUCAAGGCUGCAAAGUCGAGUGGCUUAAGUGCUCAAGCUUGGCAAAAAAAAAAAAAAAAAA